ACGAUCUGGAGCAGAAUUUCCAAAAUCUCUUCUCCCUGAUGAAGUUAUGAAGCAGGUUGGGGCGAUUGUUGACCUGCUCUGGUACAUUGAUGGGAAUGUAUCUACUAUUCAGGAAAGGUCUACACACGUACCAACAGAGAUCACACCAGUGCCAAAUAGGUUCUUGAAGUUUGAAGGCUACAAUGAUUGGAGGAAAAAGAAGUCAAAGAAGCCACAGCUACAUGCAAAAGAUCUUGAUAUGCAUAGCCAAAUUGUAUUUCGUUUGACAAGCAAGCCCUAUGUACAAGUUUGGAAUAAUGAACUUAAAAAUGAUUUAAAUUCCUUGGCAGCUUCCCUCAGCUCUUAUGCCUCCUACUUGAAGUCGAGCAACAUCAAGCAGCAAACUAGGCAACAACAGCUUUAUCCAGUUCGACAGGUAACUGAUAAUGUAUGGAUUGAGUACAAACCUGCUUCAGCAACAACAGUAGCACCAGAGUAUGCAAUUUUAGAAACAGCAUUAGGCGAGUUAAAAGACUUUGAAAUCCUAUUCUUUGAUCCAGAUUUACACCAAAUUUCAAGUAAAACUGGAUCACAAAAGUAUCAAGAAAAGUACAGAUUUUUUGACAAUCUUCAUCUUUCGCAAGACGUGGCUUUGCUGUCCUAUGAUCCAGGUGGUUCACAAACAUCUAGUAAAGUUAUUUGGAAAAUUCCAGCAGGAGUCGGCUCUUCAGAGUUAAUGACUACUGCAAGUCGUGUUGUAAAAGACCUCGGUUCCAGACUGUCAGAAUUCCAUACAAGGCAAAUGAAGCGAGAUUUCACAAGAAAGUUCUGCAAUGUAGCAGGAAGCAAGAUUCCAUCUCAUGUGUUAAGGGCAAUAUAUGCCGAAUUGACUCUUGAUGCAUCAUCAGAUCAAAAUCCUGUCAUAGACGCCAGAGUUCGGCAAGCAGUACUGGCUGGUGAUCCAGAUUUGGUGGUUGAUAUGCGCCAUUUAAAUAAAGGCCGUCCAGAUGAUGCAUUUGAUGCAUUUUUCCAGGAACUAGAAAAGCAAAUCGAGUCAAUAACUGCAGCUGAUGAAAGACGUCAUAAUGUUGAACAUAUUUCCAGAUUUAUUUCUGUGCGGGACUUGAUUGAGCAAGUAAAAUCUCGCCUUCCCCCCAACACAGCAGUACCAAGUGAAUCUACAGUCCUCUUUGCUUUUGUGCCAAAAAAUUCUCAUACUAAAGUAGCAAAACUUUACAAAAGUCGAGUGCCUUUGAGAUUUACUGUGCAAACACGACAGCUUCGGGCUUCACACCAAGAUGAUCACUAUUGUGCAGCACAGUUCAAAUAUAUGCGUGAGUUUGCUGUCAAACAUCGAGACAGAGUUACCUUUGUGUGUCUAGAUGACAAAUCAAAACUAGAUUUUGGAGAGCCGGGUGCUGCCUUAUCAUCAGGAGUGCGCGGAAAGAAAUCUGUUGUUCCUACUACAUCAACUCUUUCAUGUUUGGAUCAUGAUGUAGGCCAAAAGGGCUCUAUCACACCAUCAGUGUGUCUGAAUGUAGAGAUACCUGAAACACCAGACGGUUCUUUCUACAGAGGCCAAGUAACUGUUAUUUUCAAAGAUAGCAUUUUUGAGCCAAGCUCACCCUUUAGGCAUGCUGUUGAACUUCAGAAUAUCCUAGCACAGGAAGGUACCUUCAAACCAGUCUUGAUGUUGUUCACAGAUGGUGGUCCUGAUCACAGAGUCACAUAUCAUGCAGUGAAACUUUCACUCAUCAUUCUCUUUCGGCGUCUUGGCUUGGACAUGAUAGUUGCUGGUCGAACAGCCCCAGGGCACAGUUGGGCAAAUCCUGCAGAAAGAAUCAUGAGUUUACUUAAUCUUGCAUUUCAGAAUGCAGCUCUAACGAGGAAUGAAUGUACUAGUGCUGUGGAACAGGCACUGAGGAGUUGCAAUUCAAUGGAAGACAUCCGGAAAAAGAGUCGGACUGUACCAGGACUUGAAGAUGCUUGGGUUGCAUCACUCCAAGAGAUGGAAAAAAUGCUUCAGGAGAGAGUUGAGCGGAUCCAGUUGAAAGGUCAAAACUUUAAAUGUCUCAGUGCAGCUACAAAAGAUGCAAUCAAUGAAUUUGAGGAUGAUAUCCAGAACAUUGAUCCAGAACUUGUUAAGGGACAAUAUCAGCAAGUGAAUGUGAACAAAAGGCAGAAAUAUCAGGACUUUUUGAAGACUCACUGUCUAGAGCGCACAUACACUUUUCAGGUCAGAAAAUGUAAUGAUGCGACAUGUUGUGUUCCGCCAGUUAUUCAGUUUCCUUGGCUGCCUGACCCAGAAAUUGCCUCGGAUGGUCAGCACUUCAAGCCCUUUGAUGAAGUACUUGGCUUUCCUACGACUGAAAAAGACCGUCCAUCUUCUCAAAGGCAAACCCUGACUGCUAUUGCGGAAGAUCAACAGGGCUGCAAGAAUUCAGUACUUGUUGGUCAGAAUGUCCGGCAGACGGUUCACUGCCAUGAAUGUGGGAAACCACGCUGUGUCUACUCAAAAUCCUCUUUCACAAGUCGUGAUACCAGGUCCUUCAAGCGACUGAUCGAGUCUCAUGACUACACUUGUGGGUCCAUCUUGACCCCUGAUGGUCACAUACUUCAAGGCAAGGCAUUUGUCAGACUUCAGAUGUGCUGUACCACUCCAAUCGAGUUUGCAUAUUUUGCAUCAUCGUCCAUCGUCCGCAAGGAUAUAUGUUGUCAUUGUGGGAGUUUUGGGGCAGAACGAGACAAGGAUCUCAUGCAGAACUAUCGCGUUGUAUUACCUGUUUGCAUUAAUUGCAAGCACCUUGGAUCUCCAAAGAGGAAUCCUAUUCGGAAAUGAAUAUGUUAACUAGUGUGUUAAUCUUAACUAUAAAACAGUACACUUU